ACUGGGGAGUUAAAGCUUGGGCACAAAUAGGUUUUCCAAAUGGACAGCUGACCCUAAUCAAACCACCGAAUUAGAUAUUAGUUAAUUAAACUGUACAUAAAAACAUUUGUACUGACUCAUUUUACAUUGUAUUAAUUUUUGAAGAAUGCCUGCCUCUUCCUAUCAGAAACAAACGUUCUUAAUUGAAUGAACGAAAAAUAAUUAGAAAUUUAUAUCUGCCAGGUGUAUGAAUAACUUUGUACUUAAAUGUACCCCCGAUAGACGUGUGGCUACAAAUGGUUUAAAAUGUUGUUCUCCAAACUAGUGACUCAUGGGAGCAAAAUUCAAACGUCUUUCACACUAAUCGGAUUUUAUUUUGUGCAUAUAGGCUAUCCUGUUACAUCCACUUCAUAGCUGUGCGCCACGCCACAUAAAGCCCACAUAAAACACAUUAAGGUUUUUGGUUGUCAGGUGACAAAAUGUGAAAAAGUUCAAGGGGUAUGAAUGCUUUUGCAAGGCACUGCAUCUCAUUAAAUAGAGCUGAUCGGCCUGUCCUCAUAACGCGGAAGCAGACAUUUCAAAUUGAUUAUCGAUGAAAUGGCCUCAUUAGUUCACCCGGUUAAAUGAGUGUCUGAGGGGCUUCCGAGGUGAGCUCUACCCAGCCCGGCGUUAGUCGGAUCAUCAGGCCCGCUGACUGACGCGGGAGGGGAGGUGGGGUGUCCGGGUGACGGCUCCUUUAAGAAAACGGAACUGAGCCUUGGCUUUUUUGACGAGCUGAGGAUGUGGGCAGGAAACGCCAUGCAACUGCAGAGACGCGAUCACGCUUUUCCCCGCACCGUUGCACAACACAGCGCGAUCAAAAUGCGCUUUAAUUCCCCACGCUGAUGUCCAGGAGCGGUCGCUCUCCUCGGAUCUGCUCCCCCAGCGGGCCUCACCGCGCUGCCGCAGCCUUGGAGGAUUCGCCCCGGCGUGCGAUUUUGACGGCUACCCGACGAGGGGUCUGCUCGGUUUGAAAACAUCGAGGCCGGUGAGCGGGUGGAAGCGAGAUAGAGGGAGACAGAGAGGAGGCUUCGUCGAGGAAAAAGGAGGUGUCUGCGUUUCCUCUUCUAACCCCCUUAACCAUGAGGGAAUACAAAGUGGUCGUGUUGGGCUCGGGCGGAGUCGGUAAAUCGGCGCUGACGGUCCAAUUCGUGACGGGCUCCUUCAUAGAAAAGUACGACCCCACGAUAGAGGAUUUCUACAGAAAGGAGAUCGAGGUGGAUUCUUCCCCGUCGGUGCUGGAGAUCCUGGACACGGCCGGGACCGAGCAGUUCGCCUCCAUGCGGGAUCUGUACAUCAAGAACGGCCAGGGCUUCAUACUGGUCUACAGCCUGGUGAACCAGCAGAGCUUUCAGGACAUCAAGCCCAUGAGGGAUCAGAUCAUCCGGGUGAAGAGGUACGAGAGAGUGCCCAUGAUCCUGGUGGGGAACAAGGUGGACCUGGAGGGGGAGAGGGAGGUGUCUUCUGGAGAAGGCAAGGCGCUGGCCCAGGACUGGAGCUGCCCCUUCAUGGAGACCUCAGCCAAAAAUAAAACCUCUGUGGAUGAACUGUUUGCAGAAAUAGUGAGACAGAUGAACUAUUCCAGUGUUCCCAGCAGAGGAGACCAGUGUUGCUCGUGUGUCCUGCUCUGAAGGAGCCACAGAGAUCUUCAGAAGCUGGGCUGAGUUUAGAGCUUGAAAAGUUGUCCUGCAGGCUUUUUUUUGUCUAAAAGUUUUCUCUCUCCUCACACUGUUGUCUUAUUGUUGCACAAGAACAAUAACCGGCAACAGUCCAUUAUGUAUCAUAGUCUGGAGUGUUUACAUGACAAAGUACUUGAAUUUAUAGCUUUGUAUUUGACACUUCUCUGGAUAAUGUGCCUCGGUGGGAAUGUCUAAUUGUGAAACCUAAGAGUCAUGUGUUUUCAGGCAUUUUUUAAUUCUCUCCUUUUUCUCAGCCGUACUGUUAUUCCUUCCCGGCUGGGUUCUUCUGUGUUGGAGAUUAGUGAUGGUGGUGAUGGGGGUUUAUUUAUAUGUCAGAUCCCUCCCUAGAGAGGCAGCGAUUGCUCACCUUUAUGGCAUAUUUCUGCUUAGGAGAGCUCUAAAAGCAUUUAAAAAUCACCACUCAAGCCUUGCACAGCUCACUCCAAUCCGAACUGUCAAGUUAGAUCACAGAGGCGCAGACCCACCUCCCACACAGAUACCACAUUUGAAGUUGAGUUAAGCCAAUAUAUUCUUGUUUUUCUCCCCUUAACACAUCCCCAGGUUGGUGAUUUUGUUAUCUUAAUCUUGGACCCAGCAGACUGUGUUCCUCCUCAGUGCACAAACAUGGACCUCGGUGCAUUGCUGUCGCUGCAUGGGGAACACUACGACCCCAUGUUAAGUGCCUUCCCUGUUUUCUCCUGUGACUGUGCCAACUGAUGAGCCCUUACUUCCUCUGCAGUGCGUCCUAAUGGCAAUCACAACUUUUUAACAGGUUUUCUAGCCUGCACUCAGUAUUCAUUUGGUGUCAAAGUGAAAUAAUAAUUGAAAAAAAAAGCUUCUAUUUUGCAGCCUGGAUGCUGAGCUUGUAGAUCGACAUCAGAUUCAGGCUGUUUCCAGAGGUACUAAGUCCAUUAAGAACAAUGGGAUAACUUCCCCUGCCGGGAUCUUGGUUUAGUAAAUGGAAAACUAUGUAUGAUGUAGAUUUUUCUUCUUUUUUUAAAAAAAAAUGUGACAUUUUUGACUUGGUGUAAUUGUAUUUCUGCUUUUGGAAGAUAUUUUCUGCCAUCCACCUGUCAGUUUGAGAGACUUGGAAUACAGAACACAUUUUACGUAACAGUG